GGAGCCGUCUGGUGUGACCGUUGUGUGGAAAAAGGCGCACAUUAAAGAAUCAAAACCAUGACUGACUCCAAGUACUUCACAACCAAUAAAAAAGGAGAAAUCUUUGAAUUAAAGGCUGAGCUCAACAAUGAAAAGAAAGAAAAGAGGAAGGAAGCUGUGAAGAAAGUGAUUGCUGCUAUGACGGUGGGAAAGGAUGUUAGCUCUCUCUUUCCAGAUGUAGUGAACUGUAUGCAGACUGAUAACCUGGAACUAAAGAAACUUGUGUACCUCUACUUGAUGAACUAUGCCAAGAGUCAGCCGGACAUGGCCAUCAUGGCUGUCAACAGCUUUGUGAAGGACUGUGAAGAUCCCAAUCCAUUGAUUCGAGCGUUGGCAGUGAGAACCAUGGGCUGCAUCCGGGUGGACAAGAUUACAGAAUAUCUCUGUGAACCCCUCCGCAAGUGCUUAAAGGAUGAAGACCCCUAUGUUCGGAAAACAGCUGCUGUCUGUGUGGCAAAGCUCCAUGACAUCAAUGCCCAAAUGGUGGAAGAUCAGGGAUUCUUGGAUUCUUUGCGAGAUCUUAUAGCGGAUUCAAAUCCAAUGGUGGUGGCUAAUGCUGUAGCAGCCUUAUCUGAAAUCAGUGAAUCUCACCCAAACAGCAAUCUUCUCGAUCUGAAUCCACAAAACAUUAAUAAACUGCUGACAGCCCUGAAUGAGUGCACUGAAUGGGGCCAGAUUUUCAUCCUGGACUGCUUAUCUAAUUACAACCCGAAAGAUGACCGAGAGGCUCAGAGCAUCUGUGAGCGGGUAACACCCCGGCUAUCUCAUGCCAACUCAGCAGUGGUACUCUCAGCUGUAAAAGUCUUAAUGAAAUUUCUAGAGUUGUUACCCAAGGACUCUGACUACUACAAUAUGCUGCUGAAGAAGUUAGCCCCUCCACUUGUCACUUUGCUGUCUGGGGAGCCUGAGGUGCAGUACGUAGCCUUGAGGAACAUCAACUUAAUUGUCCAGAAAAGGCCUGAAAUCUUGAAGCAAGAAAUCAAAGUCUUCUUUGUGAAGUAUAACGAUCCCAUCUAUGUUAAACUUGAGAAACUAGACAUCAUGAUUCGUUUGGCAUCCCAAGCCAACAUUGCUCAGGUUCUGGCAGAGCUGAAGGAGUAUGCCACAGAAGUAGAUGUUGACUUUGUUCGUAAAGCUGUGCGAGCUAUUGGACGAUGUGCCAUCAAGGUGGAGCAAUCUGCAGAGCGCUGUGUGAGCACUUUGCUUGAUCUUAUCCAGACUAAAGUAAAUUAUGUGGUUCAAGAGGCAAUUGUUGUCAUCAGGGACAUCUUCCGCAAGUACCCCAACAAAUAUGAAAGUAUCAUUGCUACUCUGUGUGAGAACUUAGACUCACUGGAUGAACCAGAUGCUCGAGCAGCUAUGAUUUGGAUCGUGGGAGAAUACGCUGAAAGAAUUGACAAUGCUGAUGAAUUACUAGAGAGCUUCCUGGAGGGUUUCCAUGAUGAAAGUACCCAGGUACAGCUCACUCUGCUUACUGCCAUCGUGAAGCUGUUUCUUAAGAAGCCAUCAGAAACGCAGGAGCUGGUCCAGCAGGUCUUGAGUUUGGCAACCCAGGAUUCUGAUAACCCUGACCUUCGAGACCGAGGCUAUAUUUACUGGCGCCUUCUCUCAACGGACCCUGUCACAGCAAAAGAAGUAGUCUUAUCUGAGAAACCCUUGAUCUCUGAGGAAACAGAUCUUAUUGAGCCAACUCUGCUGGAUGAACUAAUCUGCCACAUUGGUUCUUUGGCUUCUGUAUACCACAAACCUCCUAAUGCUUUUGUAGAAGGAAGUCAUGGAAUCCAUCGCAAACAUUUGCCAAUUCAUCACGGAAGCACUGAUGCUGGAGACAGUCCUGUUGGCACCACCACUGCAACCAACCUGGAACAGACUCAGGUCAUACCCUCUCAAGGUGACCUACUUGGGGACCUUUUGAACCUUGACCUUGGUCCCCCAGUCAAUGUGCCACAGGUGUCCUCCAUGCAGAUGGGAGCAGUGGAUCUCUUGGGAGGAGGACUAGACAGUCUGCUUGGCAGUGACCUUGGCGGGGGCAUUGGAGGAAGUCCGGCAGUUGGGCAGUCCUUCAUCCCAUCAUCAGUGCCUGCAACCUUUGCUCCCUCACCUACUCCUGCUGUGGUCAGCAGUGGUCUGAAUGACCUUUUUGAACUCUCCACAGGAAUAGGCAUGGCUCCUGGUGGAUAUGUGGCUCCUAAGGCUGUUUGGCUGCCUGCAGUAAAGGCUAAAGGCUUGGAAAUUUCAGGAACAUUCACUCAUCGCCAAGGGCACAUCUAUAUGGAAAUGAAUUUUACCAACAAAGCUCUGCAGCACAUGACAGACUUUGCCAUCCAAUUUAACAAGAAUAGCUUUGGUGUUAUCCCCAGCACUCCUCUGGCCAUCCAUACACCACUGAUGCCAAACCAGAGCAUUGAUGUCUCCCUGCCUCUUAACACCUUAGGCCCAGUCAUGAAGAUGGAACCUCUAAAUAACCUACAGGUGGCGGUGAAAAACAAUAUUGAUGUCUUCUACUUCAGCUGCCUCAUCCCUCUCAAUGUGCUUUUUGUCGAAGAUGGCAAAAUGGAACGUCAGGUCUUCCUUGCAACGUGGAAGGAUAUUCCCAAUGAAAAUGAACUUCAGUUUCAGAUUAAGGAGUGUCAUUUAAAUGCUGACACUGUCUCCAGCAAAUUGCAAAACAACAAUGUUUAUACUAUUGCCAAAAGGAAUGUGGAAGGGCAGGACAUGCUGUACCAAUCCCUGAAGCUUACUAAUGGCAUUUGGAUUUUGGCCGAACUUCGUAUCCAGCCAGGAAACCCCAAUUAUACGCUGUCGCUGAAGUGUAGAGCUCCUGAAGUCUCUCAGUAUAUCUAUCAGGUCUAUGACAGCAUUCUGAAAAACUAAUGAACUGGUCCAGUGUCCUCCAGCCACCCUGGGAUUGGUGCAAGCCAAGAGCUCUUAACUGGAAG